CAAAACGGGCUUUUUGUUUAGUGUCGUCAACUCGGCGAGCACCAGUGUAUAAUCCAGCUUGGCUUCGUCGACGGUGCGGUUUCACCCUUGGGGAUCCCCUUUGCCAAACUCUGCAGCGCCAUUUUCAGCAACUUGCUUGCAGGUGCAUUAGUUAAGACAAUACUUCUAAAGUGCAGUUGAGGUUAUGGAACGUCAGGGUCAUGAUUAUACAGCUGCAUCUGCUAUGGCAUAUGCUCAGCAACAGAGGCAAGCUGCUAAUAUGCAGCAACAACAGCAGCAGCAACAGUUUGGGUUUCAUCCCCAGCAUCAGCAGUUUCCUUCAUCAAUGCACGGUCCUCCUUUUAUACCCCCAGGUCCAGGUCCUGCACACCCCCCUAUGCAACAAUUUCCGUAUCAUCAUGCCUUGCAGCAGCAGCAGCCACUUCCACAAUUACACCCUCAUGCCCCUCCCCCGCCCCAUCUCCUUCUUCAGCAGCAGCACCAAGGACCGCCUGCAUUCCCUUCACAUUAUCCUCCUUCUCUUGUUCCGUCUCCUUUUUACGAUUCUGCCCCACUCCCCGUCGCUCCUCCCUCUGAUCCGGAUCUCCACAAGCGAAUUGACAAGCUUGUUGAGUAUGCAGUGAAAAAUGGCCCCGACUUUGAAGCUAUGAUAUGUGAAAAGCAACGUGACAAUCCUUCAUAUAGUUUCCUCUUUGGCGGGGAAGGCCACGGUUACUACCGUUAUAAGCUUUGGUUGUCAACUCGUCCACCGGGUGGUCCAUUCAACCCGCCUUUCCCGUCAUCUUCCAUGCCCAUGAUCCAUCCCCCUCCAAAUCCAAUGAUGAAUCCGUCUCCUCUAAAUGCUUCUCCAAUGAAUCCUGCAGGAAUUGGGUCUUCACCUUCAAUGCUAGGCCCACCUCCUUUCCAACAGUUCUAUGAUCAACAACACCACCAUCAGCAUCCUCAAUCUUUUGCGCUUCCUGGGCGGCCUGAGUAUGAUCAGUCAUCCAAUUCUUUCAAAGGACCCUCUGGGCCACUUCCAUCUGAUAUCGCAAUGGAGCUCAGUAACGUUCUUAACAAUUUAAAUGGUACAAAAGAAUCCAUCAAAGGUGCAAAACUUUGGUUCAUGCAGAGAUCUCCAUUUGCACCAGCCCUAGCAGAGGCUCUUAGAGACAGGGUCUUUGCAUUGGAUGAAGUCGAGAGACAGUUACACAUAAUAUACCUUGCCAAUGACAUCCUUUUUGACAGCUUAAAUAGGAGAACAAACGGCAAUGACCUUGACAGUGAAGCUCUUGCCUUGAAACCAGUUUUAGGCUCCAUGCUUGCAAGAAUUUAUCAUAACCCACAAAGCAAUGAGGAAUACAGGAAAAGAUUGCAGCAAAUGGUGGAGUUCUGGGCCUCUAAAACGGUAUACGAUCAGGAUACUAUAUCUUCACUUAAGGGUGAGAUGAUUGGUGGGCUGCAGACAAAUCCUUUUCCUGGGGCUUCAAAGGAUUUAUCUUCUGCUUCAGCAGAAUCAGUUGCAGGAGUUUUGCAGACACCUAACCAUGUUGCCCAGCAGUGGCAAGCUGAUAGGUUAGGCUCUGGUUCAAAUAUCUUAGAUCAAGAUCGUACUGAUAAGCAUGCAGCUCCAGCGCAGUCACUAUCUGUACCCCUAGCAGCUCAGCAGUUUCUUCCAAAUCCUGCUCCUCCUAGUGCCUUUCCUGGGUCCAUGGCUAUUCCAUCUUCUGUUCAACCCGCUAACCAAGCACCUGUUGGUGUUCAUUUAUUGCCCCCUCCAUCAUCCAGCACCGGUGAACAAUUGCCACCAUAUCCAUUAUUCCCACCUGGCCUCAUUCCUGGAAUGGUUAGAAAGAUGCAGAUCGGGAGUGGGGUUCCAUAUUCUCCUUUGAGCCCUUUGGAUAUCCCAACCAUCAUACCCCCGUCAACUGUGCCACCGUCUGAAAUUCUUCAAAGAGUGUCAAAAUUCUUUAAGGAAAUUGGAGAGGUAAAUCCUUCUGAGGGUCCUAUGAAUUCUGAUUCAAGAGAUGAAGAUGAUGAAUAUGAUAGAGAAUUUGAGAGGGAGCCAGCAGUACGAAAGGGAGGUGCUUGUAUACCUCCACCUCCAAACUUGCAGGUUGAUCCAGAGACAGGGACCUAUGCUGAUGGGACAGUAGAACGGAAACCUGGAUCCAGUGGCUCGGGCAGGUUAGGGCUGGGGGCCACUGCCAAUCCCAACGAGGUGAGUCAGUAUGAUGAUGUAUAUACAUCUUACAGGAAGCAGAGAAGCACCAAUUACCAUUCAUCAAUGAGUGCUAGAGCUGCAGCAAGAUGAAAGCUUCAAUUACCUUUUCAUCUGAAGUUUUGGAUUCUGUAUGUUAGAGUGGGUCUGUCAGCUUUGUCUUUAUUAACAUUUCGUUAGAAGUCUGUAGUUAAGCUGAGGCUUUUAUUUGUUUUUAUGUUGUGCCAACGAUCCAAUGUGUUUUGUCUUCUGUAUUCAUGGACGUCUGGAUCCAUCAUUCGUUGAACAAAACUGAAUAUCCUAAAAACUUUAACGGCAUUCAUGGUAAAUUGGUUAAAAAUGAAAUAGUAAUCCCGUUGUCUUCUUUGCUAAA